GCGUGCAGGCAAGAAUGGCAGUGCUGUUGGAAACAACAUUAGGGGAUAUCGUAAUUGAUUUAUACACAGAAGAAAGGCCGAAAACUUCCCUGAACUUUCUGAAGUUAUGUAAAAUCAAAUUUUAUAACUACUGCCUCGUUCACAAUGUUCAGAGAGACUUUAUCAUACAAACUGGAGACCCUACAGGGACAGGCCGGGGCGGCGAGUCUGUGUUCUGCAAACUCUAUGGAGAUCAGGCCCGUUUUUUUGACGCUGAGAAAGUACCCCGGAUCAAACAUAAGAAGAAAGGGACGGUCUCCAUGGUGAACAAUGGCAGUGACCAACAUGGAUCUCAGUUCCUGAUCACCACAGGAGAGAACCUGGACUACCUGGAUGGGGUUCACACCGUGUUUGGAGAGGUGACUGAGGGAAUGGACGUCUUGGCUAAAAUCAACGAGACUUUCGUGGAUAAGGAUUUCGUACCUUACCAGGACAUCAGAAUUAACCACACUGUGAUCCUGGAUGACCCCUUCGAUGACCCAGCUGAUCUGCCUGUCCCGGACCGUUCCCCUGAGCCAACCAAAGAACAGCUGGAUAGUGGCCGGAUCGGAGCAGACGAGGACAUAGACGACUCGCAGGGGAAGGACGAGGCGGAGAUAGACGAGCUGCUGAAGGAGAAGGAGGCGAAGACUCAGGCCAUUCUGCUGGAGAUGGUGGGUGACCUGCCUGACGCGGAUGUGAAACCUCCGGAGAACGUGCUCUUCGUGUGUAAGCUGAAUCCAGUGACCACAGACGAGGACCUGGAGGUCAUCUUCUCUCGGUUCGGCCCCAUCAAGAGCUGUGAGAUCAUCAGAGACUGGAAAACUGGAGAAUCCCUCUGUUACGCCUUCAUUGAAUUUGAAAAGGAGGAGGACUGUGAAAAGGCCUAUUUCAAAAUGGACAAUGUACUGAUCGAUGACCGAAGGAUUCAUGUGGACUUCAGUCAGUCUGUGGCCAAGAUCAAAUGGAAGGGAAAAGGUGGGAAGUACACCAAGGACGACUUCAAGGCCUAUGAGAAAGACGUGGACAACCGAUCCAAACUGGCUCUUAAAGACAAAGUAAAACCCAGACAGGACUCGAAAUACGACCUCCUUUUAGACGAAAGGGAAGAGGAAGACAGCGCUUACCAUCGGCAUUCUGGGAAAAAGCACAAAGAAAAGAAGCGGCAUUAUUCUGACGACGAGGACACCAGGAAGUCAAAGAAAUCCAAGGACAGCGAGGAGGGCAGGCGGGACAGGAGGGCCGGCCGGCGGCAUUCCCGCUCGCGGUCGAGAUCACGCUCUCGGUCCCGGUCCCGGGACAGGGGGCGGGACGGGCACCGCAAACGCAGCCGGUCCCGGGACAGACACCGUCAGGGGAGCAGGGAGCGGGACCGUGGCCGGCGGGAGCGUAGCGCCAGUCCCAGGAAGGCCAGGGACAAGGAGCGCAGCAGGCUCCGGUGAGGAGCGGGGCCCUCGGGCCCACUCCAGAGAGGGAGGGGGCCUCCCUCGUCCCAGCCCCCACCCUCAUGGGGAGGGGCUUCCUUUUCCCCACCCCCAUGAGAAGAGGGCUCUUUCAUCCUACCCCCCACAGGGAGGUUUCCCUAGCUCCACCCCCAUGGGGAGGGGUUUUCUUUUCCCCACCCCCAUGAGAAGAGGGCUUCUUCGUCCUACCCCCACACCCGCAGCCUUGGAUGAUCUCUCACAGGGCAGUUCAGCAUGUAGACUCAUGCGGCCCCAUACACAUUCAGCGUGUGAUCAAGUCACAUUUGUUUCAAGCUCAAAUUUAUAUGUGCAGGUUUUUCACCAUUUUUAUCAAGCGCUGCAUGUUGUAUCUGUAAGGACUGAAAGAUGUCAAUUUUGAAUAAAAGGAAGUGAUAGUUAUCAUUCGUGUUUAAGUAAUUGGAUCGUUUCCAAGGCAUUUGUAAAGCUCUAUUUUACUCCUCUUUAACUUCAGACUGAAUAUUAUGCCCGGCACCCUCAGGAUUUGAGUGGAUUUGUUCAGCUUUUGUUUUUCUCAUGACUUUCCCCUCUCUUUAUCAGAGAACAUGACCUCUUUUCUCCUGUGAUCUUGUUUCUUUUAUUUAUUUAUUUUUUUAACCUGUUACACCCCCUUCUGGAAUUGUUGCAAUGUUUUUGUUUGUCUUCCUUGUGCGAGUUUGAAAGUUGUUUUUCUGAAGUGAUCUGAUCCUGUGAGUCGAGACACGGGCCAGCUCAAGGACACAAGAAAGGCCAGAUUCCACAACUUACACUCAAAUACAUUACAUCCAUUACAUACAAUACAUGUAAAUACAAACUACAGAGGAUAACAAAAGCCCCAUGAGUGUAAGGAAAUAAAAUUGUAAGUCAGAUUAAGUACAAUAAAGUAAAAAUCAAAAUUUGUAAAUUUUUUAACCCUGAUGCACAAAUGAAUCCCACCACAUCCUGGGGCAUUAAUAGUGUUUGAAGAUAUUGUGCAACUGUGGAUUUAUUUAUUAAAAAAAAA